UAGUGUGGCUCAGUCACCGGACGAUAGAAGAGCUCCGGGUUUGGAGGGCUCCCCCGGGCAGGACUGCAGCAUGGGGCGGCCGGGGAUGUACGGAUUCAUGUGGGUCACUGCGGUGCUGCUCAGCCGAGGCGGAGGGAUCUAUGGUUUCCAGUGUCUUGAUACCUACAGACCGUGUCUCAAUGGAGCUAAAUGUGCUAUGUAUUUUAAUGGAGAAGCUUCCUGCGUAUGCCUUACUGGUUGGAUUGGGGAACAAUACCAAUUUAAAGAUCCAUGUGUGCCAACUCCUUGUGUCAAUGGUGGCGUCUGCCAGAGUUCUAUUAAAGGAGGAACUGUACAAUAUGAAUGUAGCUGCCCCAAGGGUUUCAAAGGACAAGAUUGCUCUCUCAUCGAUGCCUGUGCCUCCAACCCAUGUAAAAACGGGGCUAGUUGUACCAACUGGAAUGGGCGAUACAACUGUACAUGCCCCCCAGGAUACCAAGGACGAAGUUGCAGAGUGGAUAUUGAUGAAUGCCGAACUCCAGGCCUUUGUCAAAAUGGAGGCCAAUGUAUUAACACUGCUGGUUCGUUUCGCUGCCGCUGCCCUAGCAGCUUCACCGGCCAGUUAUGUGAAGUCCCUUACGUUCCAUGUUCACCUUCACAAUGCCAAAAUGGAGGCACCUGCCGACCAACUGGGGACCUCACAUACCAGUGUGUUUGCCUACCAGGUUUUGAAGGUUCAAACUGUGAGAUAAAUGUUGACGACUGCCCUGACCACAGAUGUAUGAAUGGUGGCACGUGUGUGGAUGGCGUGAACACCUAUAACUGCCAGUGUCCUCCGGAAUGGACAGGUAAGUUCUGUACAGAAGACGUGGAUGAAUGUCAACUCCAACCCAAUGCCUGCCACAACGGAGGGACCUGUCACAACACCCUGGGCGGGCACACGUGCGUUUGCGUCAAUGGCUGGACGGGAGAAAGCUGCAGUGAGAACAUCGACGACUGCGCUACUGCUGUCUGUUUCAAUGGAGCCACCUGCCAUGAUCGAGUGGCUUCCUUCUACUGUGAAUGUCCCAUGGGCAAAACGGGUCUCCUAUGUCAUUUGGAGGACGCGUGUAUCAGGAACCCAUGCCACAGCAACGCCGUGUGCGACACUAACCCGGUGAAUGGACGCGCCAUCUGUACAUGCCCUCCUGGUUUUACAGGGGGAGCUUGUGAUCAAGAUGUGGAUGAAUGCUCACUAGGUGCCAACCCUUGUGAACACUUCGGGCGCUGUGUGAACACUCAGGGUUCCUUUCAGUGUCAGUGUGCUCGGGGUUACACCGGAUCUCGCUGCGAAACGGAUGUUAAUGAGUGUCUGUCCAGCCCUUGCAGGAACAAUGCCACCUGCUUAGACCAAAUUGGAGGCUUCACUUGUAUCUGCAUGGCUGGUCAGUUCUGUACAAAAGACGUGGAUGAAUGUCAACUCCAACCCAAUGCCUGCAACAACGGAGGGACCUGUCAUAACACCCUGGGUGGGCACACGUGCGUUUGCGUCAAUGGCUGGACGGGAGAAAGCUGCAGCGAGAAUAUCGACGACUGCGCUACUGCUGUCUGUUUCAAUGGAGCCACCUGCCAUGAUCGGGUGGCUUCCUUCUACUGUGAAUGUCCCAUGGGCAAAACGGGUCUCCUAUGUCAUUUGGAGGACGCGUGCAGGAACCCAUGCCACAACAACGCCAUGUGUGCCACUAACCAGGUGAAUGGACGCGCCAUCUGUACAUGCCCUCCUGGUUUUACAGGGGGAGCUUGUGAUCAAAAUGUGGAUGAAUGCUCACUAGGUGCCAACCCUUGUGAACACUUUGGAUGCAGUGUGAACACUCAGGGUUCCUUUCAGUGUCAGUGUGCUCGGGGUUACACCAGGUCUUGCUGCGAAACGGAUGUCAAUGAGUGUCUGUCCACCCCUUGCAGGAACAAUGCCACCUGCUUAGAACAAAUUGGAGGCUUCACUUGUAUCUGCAUGGCUGGAUUUACCGGUACGUUCUGCGAGCACAACAUCAAUGAGUGAGGCAACAGUGUAUGUGUUAAUGGCGGGGUCUAUAAAGAUGUGGUGAACAGAUUUACCUGUAGCUGUCCGGCUGGAUUUACGGGCUCCAUGUGUCAGAUUGACAUAGACGAGUGCGCCAGUACGCCCUGCAAGAACGGAGCCAAAUGUGUGGAUAGACCCAACGGUUACGAAUGUCGGUGUGCGGAG